AUGUUAAUACAAGCAGAACAGCUAAAUGAGCAAAAAGAUACAAGUAUAUAUGAAAAGAAUGAAAAUAAUAAUAUGAUAAAUACAGUUCAAAACGCAGAAAUGGAGACCCAAUGUAACACAACUGAUCACGAUACGUCACAUAUGUCUAGCAAUAUACAGGAUUACACACAUAGCAAGCUGCCUGUACAGCAUGAGCAACUAACUGUGGAGCAAAUGAACGCAUUACAACGACAAAGACGGUACCAACCAAAUUUAGUUGGUAGACCCACUGCUGGGAAAUAUACAUUGGAUGAUUUUAAAAUCAUGCAAACUCUAGGAACAGGCUCCUUUGGUCGUGUUCAUUUGGUUAGAUCAAAUCAUAACGGUAGGUUCUACGCAUUAAAAGCACUAAAAAAAAGAAUAAUUGUUAAAUUGAAACAGGUGGAACAUACAAAUGAUGAAAGAUUGAUGCUUUCAGUAAUAUCACAUCCCUUUUUAAUUAGAAUGUGGGGGACCUUUCAAGAUUCAAGACAGGUAUUCAUGGUAAUGGAUUUUAUAGAAGGUGGUGAAUUGUUCUCGUUAUUAAGAAAGUCUCAAAGGUUUCCAAACCCAGUGGCUAAAUUUUAUGCUGCAGAAGUUUGUUUAGCAUUGGAAUAUUUGCAUAGUAAAGAUAUAAUAUAUAGAGAUUUAAAACCAGAAAAUAUUUUAUUGGACAAGAAUGGACAUAUUAAAAUGACAGAUUUUGGAUUUGCAAAAUAUGUUCCCGAUGUGACGUAUACACUUUGUGGUACUCCUGACUACAUUGCACCAGAGGUGGUUGGAACAAAGCCAUAUAAUAAGUCUGUGGACUGGUGGUCUUUUGGUAUUCUAAUAUAUGAAAUGUUAGCAGGCCAUACACCAUUUUAUGAUUCAAAUGCAAUGAAAACAUAUGAAAAUAUUCUUAAUGCUAAAUUAAGAUUUCCACCAUUCUUUAAUGAGGAUGUAAAGGACUUAUUGAUGGGGUUAAUCAAUAGGGAUUUGAGUCAAAGAUUGGGUAAUUUGCAAAAUGGAACUGAGGAUGUGAAAAACCAUCGAUGGUUUAGUGAAGUAGUCUGGGAAAAACUGUUAACAAGAAAUAUUGAGACACCAUAUGAACCUCCGAUUCAACAAGGUCGUGGUGAUACUUCUCAGUUUGACAGAUACCCAGAAGAAGAAGUUGACUAUGGUAUACAAGGUGAGGAUCCAUAUGCUUCCUUAUUUGUGGGAUUUUAA